AUCUGUACUUUCUACUCCACUAUAUUUUUGGACUGGAGUGAAAAGUAAAAAGUACUUUUCAAAUUAUUUUAGGGAUUAUUUUAUCAUGUUUGUGGUAACAUUCUGACUACAUUUAAUUCAAGAUUUACUUUGAGCAAACAAAAAUAAAUACACAAAAUUCAUAAGAAAAAAUGAGAAAUGGAUUAGUUGCUAUAAAUAUAUGUAUAACUUUUAAUCAGUAUCAGCAUUUGCAUAAAAUACUGUAUAAUCUAAAAGUACAUUUUUAAACAGGCACACAAAUACUUUUACUUAAAUAGAUUUUUUCAUGUGACAGUUUUUCUUUUACUUUCUUGUGGUGGGGAAUGGGAAACGGAAAUCCCACUUAUGUCAGAGGAGAAUUUGGGGAACAUUUUACACCUUAAAUAUGACAUAAAGCCAGUUCAUUUGUGUAAAAUGUUCAAUGUUCAUGUGCACCAACAAGUUAACACUGCACAGAUUCUCUGAGGGGCUUUAAAGUGACUUCAUGGUGCGGAUAGAACUUAUUUGCUGUCAAGAUCGGUAGCCCCAUACAAAAUAAUACAAUCCGAAUGACAUUUGUUUGUAUGUGUGUUCAUAGUUGUGAUCUGAUUGGUCCUUUCCAAGAUGCUCCGCCUUCUCCUGAGCGUGUCAUUGAUUGGCCUGGUGGCAGGAGGUUAUAACUUGAGCACCUGUCCAUUCCCAUAUUAUGGUUCCUUCUAUUUGGAUCUUACUAUAACCUUCAAACCAUCAACCGAACUUGAAAUAUCUGUGGACACGAAUAACACUAUUACAGUUUACGACUCAAACAUGGCAGAUUUUGACUUCAAAAUAGAGACGUCGUUAAAUCUGACCUCAUUUGGGCUGAAAGAGCCGGUGGAGAUGUUGGAGUCUAUGUACAGUUCUCAUAUCCCCAAAGAAACCCCAACCUGCGCUCUGCACCUCUAUAAUGCAAACCUAAGUGCGGAUAUUUACAUUAUUCCAUAUGGGUCUGUGGCAAUGCUUUUUAUACGCAACAUUGGUGAAAAGGUCACGCUGAAAUCUGGUUUGUCAGUGGUUAAGAACAUCACUGGCAAAAAUUUUGAUUAUGUCUUGGAAGGAUGCCCAACAGGAGGCCCAGAAUUUCCCAUGAGCUUGUUGGAUCCUCCAGAGGAAGUCUUUGGGACCUGUGAGCACAAAUACUGCAACAUAUCUGGAUUGGUGAAGGAGGUCAUGUGUCCAGACGACUGCAGAAAUAACCAGUGUAUGGAGAAAGGGCAUUUCACAUGUGUAUUGGUUGGAAACACCAUCAUCGACACCAAAGAAAAAGCCCACGCUGUCGAAGACUUUUGUCCACAGUUCCUAAUGAAUAACAGUUUGAUGACCAUCCUCAGCUAUCACUCCGAACGGCGCCUCUCUGAUGUUCCUCUUUUGGACAAAGUUCACAUCUUUCACCAGGGUUAUGAUUUUCAGUUGUUCCAAUCAGGCGUGAUCCUUGGUCAAAAUGGCACAGUAGUUCCCACAGAGAACGGCACCACCGUAAACAACAUUGUUUUCACAAAGGUUCCAGGGGGCGUUUCAGUCACAGUUAAACUGAACAAAAGCGCUGCUGAGGUCUUUUUUGAUGGAACAACUCUACACAUGCAAUAUAGCGGUUAUGUACAGGAUCUGGUUGGUAGUGACACUUGUACAUCGGGCUCUGUUCAAAGCCUUCAGAUAAACAAUUGUAACACAGUGUUAAAUGACAGUCGAGGAGACGGCAUCAACUGUGGAGCAGUGACACAGAGGUGUCAUCUGCUGCUCAAAGAGCCCUUUAGUGAAUGCCCCAUGGACCCAGAGCCUUACAUCACUGCCUGCAUAAACCUCCUGUGUAACUACACCGGCACAGAUGGCCUCUUCUGCCACCUGCUGGACAGCUACGCACGCACCUGUGAGCUCCAGGACUGGAUGGACACUCUGGGCUGCUCUCCCUCAAAGUGUUAUGGUAAACAUUGUCAACCUGGCAAAGAGUUCUGCGGGUUGUCUAUCGGUGGAGACCCUAAGUGUUUCUGUACCGCCAACUAUGCUGCCCCCUACAAGGCCAAAGGCACACUGGGAGAUGAUACGGUUUGUGCUUCUAAAAGUGCAUCUGUUUCUCUACUGCACUGUCUCCUGGAGGAAAAAGGGAUAAACAUCUCCAGUCUCCACCUGAAUGACCCCAAGUGCACCGGAGUCCUCGACCCUGUCCUCAACAAAGUCACCUUCUCUUUUAGCGACGCAGAUCACUGUGCCGCCAAUGUGUCGAUAAAGGGUAGCAACAUCAUUUACACCAACACCAUCUCCACUCCAGAAGAUGACAAUACAAGUGUCAUCAACAGAGAAGACCACCUGUCCAUCAAGUUCUCCUGUGCCUACACCCAGCCCAAGAUCCAGACCAUGUCCCUGAAGAUCAUGGACAGCUCCAUAGUGAAAGUGAUUGAUGCCGGAGAGUGGACCUAUGUCUUUAACAUGGCGGCCUUCACAGACGAGGAGCUGAAAUCACCCGUGGACUCAGGCACCGGGCUGCGUCUGGACCAGCCACUCUUUGUCAAGGCGCAAGUCUCAGAGGUGGACCAGCAGCUCUUGGCUGUGGUCAUCGAGGACUGCUGGGCAACCGAGGAGAAAAACUACAAUGCAACCCAGAAAUAUCACCUCAAGAAUGGGUGA